UACAGAGGCAAAAAUGUGCUCAGAGUCAAACCCUCAUCCUUUCUGGUUUCUCUGAAGUCUCAUUCGCACACAGAUGGGGGCUCUGCGGCUUCCCUCUCUCACUUCCAUUUUCGCCGUCUCCUCUGGCCGCUCUUCGUUGUUUCUCCGCCGCAGCAACCAGCUCCAUGUGCGGAAACUCACUACUACAACCAAACUUUUCGCCCAGACUACGCCUGCCACGGAGGUCGCUCCCCCUGAAUCGAACCAGAAGCCCCUUGCUCAGGAACAAGGCAUAACGCCGCGUUCCCAGGAUUUCAAUGCUUGGUACCUCGAUGUCAUUUCCCAGGCUGAGCUCGCUGAUUACGGCCCUGUUCGUGGUACCAUGGUUAUUCGACCAUACGGUUAUGCUAUUUGGGAAGCUAUUCAGGAUUAUUUAAAUAUUAAAUUCAAGGAAACAGGACAUAGCAACAUGUAUUUUCCACAGUUUAUACCAUAUUCCUUCAUAGAGAAAGAAGCCAGCCAUGUUGAGGGUUUCAGCCCAGAAUUGGCUCUUGUAACUGUUGGAGGAGGGAAAGAACUUGAAGAAAAACUUGUGGUUCGACCCACUAGUGAAACAAUAGUGAACCACAUGUUUACCCAAUGGAUUCAUAGUUAUCGUGAUCUUCCACUUAUGAUCAACCAGUGGGCAAAUGUCACAAGAUGGGAGAUGCGCACCAAACCCUUUAUCAGGACUCUUGAAUUUCUCUGGCAGGAGGGGCAUACUGCACAUGCCACUCUAGAAGAAGCAGAGAAGGAGGCAAUGCAGAUGAUUGAUGUGUAUACAAAAUUUUCUUAUGAAGAAGCUGCAAUACCUGUGAUUCCAGGUAGAAAAUCAAGGGUGGAGACAUUUGCAGGAGCAGAUAGAACUUACACCAUUGAAGCUAUGAUGGGUGAUCGUAAGGCCUUACAGGCUGGAACCAGUCACAAUCUUGGACAAAACUUUUCACGUGCUUUUGGAACACAGUUUGCUGAUGAAAAUGGACAAAGACAGCAUGUAUGGCAAACCUCUUGGGCUAUAAGCACCAGAUUUAUUGGUGGUAUCAUCAUGACACAUGGAGAUGAUGCUGGAUUAAUGCUUCCCCCAAGGUUGGCUUCUGUACAGGUGGUGAUUGUGCCAAUUUGGAAGAAGUGUAAUGAAAAGAAGGAAGUUCUUGAUGCUGCAGUGUCUAUUAAAGAUGUUCUUCAUACCGCUGGGAUUAAAGUGAAGCUAGAUGAUUCUGAUCAAAGAACACCAGGAUGGAAAUUUAAUUUCUGGGAAAUGAAGGGUGUUCCUUUAAGAAUUGAAAUUGGUCCUCGUGAUGUUUCAAGUGGGAGUGUUGUUGUAUCUAGAAGAGAUAUUCCUGGAAAACCAGGGAAGGUUUUUGGAAUAUCUAUGGAACCUUCCGUUCUCAUACCUUAUGUCAAACAAAAGCUGGAGGAGAUCCAGUUAUCCCUUUUGGAUAAGGCCAAGUCAUUUCGAGAUAGCAACAUUGUGGAUGUGAAGUCAUAUGAUGAACUGAAAGAGGCAAUAUCACAGGGAAAGUGGGCAAGGGGUCCAUGGGUAGGAAGUGAUGAAGAUGAAUUGAAGCUGAUGAAGUUGCAAUUUUUGCUAAAUCUUACUGAUCAAUUACUUGUUAUUCACAACAAGCCGAAACAAUGGUGGACAUGAAAAAAAGCAUGAUGGAGAAAGAAAUCCAAACAGAAAGAUGUAAAGAGACUUUAAAGGGAAAGGGAAAAGGAAAGAAAGAAGAUAUCUUUGAAUUUUCUUUUUCAAAGUAAUGAUAAUAGAAUAAUUUGCUAGCUAGCAAAGACCCGUUUCUUUUCUUCUUCCUUUUUAAGUGUAAGACAGCAAUUAAUUUAUGGCACGAACAACAACCUAUGUAGUGUUUUUUCUUUUCAGAAUCUAUACCUUCUUACUUUAG